CCCGGGGACGCGGGGAAGGUUGCUGUGGGCCGUGUGGAGCAGUCAGAUAAGUGCGUUUCCCCCCAGGCUGACUUCUGUCCUGGGCGCUGCGGGGCCGGGGGAGCCCAGUGGGCUGUGUGGUGACACGUAGCUGCUGUUUUUUAGCCCUGAUGGAGGAGUCGAAGCUGACGAGAUUCCAGAGGCGAUGCCUGAUGGACUGCCUGAGGCGGGGAGAUUCUCUGCCCCUCCAGUGCCACCCCACCUCCAGCCAAGAACCAGUGCCUGUGCCUCCUGCUUCCUCCCCAGCAUGCUGUCAGCCAAGCAAGCUGUCAGCUAAACCCCAUCUUCGGCCUGCUGAAGUCUGCCGGGCAGGAGACGCCUAUACCCGAGAGAAAUUCAGGCCACAGGCAAGGCGAGAUUUGGAAAGGGAGAAGCAGAGGCUCCAAAAUAUCUUAGCAACUGGGAAGGAUGUGGUGGAACAUCGAGCAAAACAGAUACUGGUUCAGACAAAGGAAGAGGAGAUGCCUGAGUUUGACCGCUUUGAAGAACUGGUGAAUGAAGUUCAGGAGAGGAGGGAGUUCCUGGCAGAGAUGGAAGCCCUAGGACAGGGCAAGAAGUAUCAGAGAAUUAUCUUCACUGAAAUCUCACAGAAAAUACGGGAGAUGGAAAUCACUGACAAGAAGAGAAGUGAGGAAGUGAAAGAGAUCAUGACAAAAGACUUUCCUAGUGGGAACAAAUCUGGUCUCCUCGACUAGGCCAAGGGAAAAAAACACAAGUGCAGUUUGUUCCCAACUUUUCUCCCAGGCCCUGGGCAUCGGUGUCUCAAAGCCUGGCCUGCACCCUGCCCAUCUCCUAGUGGUUCCCCUGAAGAAGGGGCAGUGUGACCUGUUGCCUAAAGCCAGAAGGCAGGAACAAUUUGUACACAGCUUGUAAGAGAAAGAAGCUGUUGUAAAAAUCCCUCCCAUGCACUGGAUCCUUUCACACUCUACAACGUUAAAUAGAUGAAAACACAGUAGCAGCUAUUAAACCAUGACAAAGAAGA